AUGGCAUCUUUUAACCGAAUCGCUGUCUAUGGCCAUCGUGGCUGGGGAAGUUCUCGAAUCGUGGAGGCCUUGAUCGCCUCUGGCGCGCCAGUCAGGGUGUUGAUUCGUCCGGGGUCCGACGUAUCCAACCUUCCGGAACAUGUUGAGAAGGUUGAGGUAGAUGUGAACGAUGAGGAACGUCUAGUCAGCGCCUUGAAAGACAUAGACAUCGUGAUCUCACUUGUUGGCCAUGAAGGGGUUCAGAGACAGCAUGGUUUUGUGAAGGCUAUUCCCAAGACAAAUGUCAAGCUGUUCUCGCCUUCUGACCUCGCCGCUCGGUAUGAUGAGCAAGGCAUGCGGAUUGCCGUGAACAAGAACAAGGAAGAGGUAGAAAAGGCAGCAAAAGUCGCGGGCAUCCCGACGACCGUGGUCCUAGUGGGCAACUUUGCAGAGUUUGCUCUGAACACGCUCGGGAUGGGAGUCGAUAUUCUAGGCAAUCGACUCAUCAACUCCGCCAACAGCGCUAAGGCUAAAGUCAACUUGUGCACAAGAGACUAUGUGGCGGCAGCCUAUGUCUCCAUCUUCACCAGGACACCUGUGGCUCAAAUUCAAAACCGAGCCAUAGCUCUGACAGAACUCUCUCCGACAGGAGAAGAUGUUGCAAAUGCUCUGAGGGAGAGGAACGGAAAACCGCCUCAAGUAUCGAAUCACAGCCUGGAGAAGAUCGACGGAGAGAUUGAGGAUGGGCUUGCUUCGGGGAGUCUGUUCACCCUGUCGUGGUACUGUCGCAAGAUAUGGGGCACAGGCCAGCAGGCGCAGAUGGUUGGAACAGAUCUCUGGGAGGCCGAGGGCUACAAAAAGGCGAGUUUGAAGGACUUGAUUGUGGAUGGAAACCUUGAGCACUACCGCGAGAUGCCACCUCAAGUCAGAGAGUACUUCAACAGCUGUUUUUGA